UAAAAGAAGAUUCAGCUGAACUCCUACAGAGCAAGGAAACACCAAAACACGUAGGAUACUGAAAAAGUAUGUGACGUGCUGCGCGCGCUGCAUGAUGUGGCGGGUGGGCCAAGACACGUUUGUUCUGUGCGUCAGUGUUUAUACACAUAUACAAGGUCCUGCCUCGGUUGGGCUGUUGUUAAUAUUUAGAUAGCAUACGGUUUGCAUAUAUUAGCGGUCCUAUUGAAAAGGUUAGCAUCUUUUCCAUAAUAUUCUCCACUCGGAAAUGAAAUUAUAGAUGAUAAUGAUACUAGCAUACCUGUACGUACAGAUAAUAUGGAUACUUAUUGUAGCAGGGCUUAACGUGUCUUCUAUCGACUGUGGCUCCCCUUGGUGGCUGAAGAAAAAUGUAGCUCGUUACAAGCGUUCACCCCAAGCUGACCAAAUUUUAAACAACCCGUUUCUUACCGGAGAGACGUUAAGUGAGGGUAUUAGUGAACUGAAAGCAUUGCCUCAAACCCUCUCUCAGAGGAUAUUAUCACAGAAUAAUGCUACACAACUACUGCAGUUACAUGAUAUAAAUCCUUUUAUCCCGCCACAGACCCAGUCCACGAGUUUCGUCAGAACAGUUGAAAAUCGAACACACAAUAGACAGGGUGGCGUUUCCUUGUCCAAAAGCUCAGCCAACAUAGACUUCAGUAAUAGUGGUAUCACAGGAAGCUUUGGAGAUUCUGGCUCAAUUUUGGUAUCUACCCAGUAUUACCUUCAUACGAAACUGACAGGGUUUUUAAACCAGCCUCGGAAUUCUUUUGUUGAACCAUCCCUUAAAGAAAUUUCCAGAAGCGCUAUAUAUCACAGGUUCCGUGACUAUGGGCUGAAAGUUUUGUUACAGAACUUUACAGCUACGGAGGUAGUAGAUAUAUUACCGCCAGAAUUGCUAAUUGAUGGAGUCUUAAAAGGAGUCAAUAUAAUUGGAGAGCUUACAGGCCAGAAUCGUGGAAGUCCAGAAGAUGGAAUCUUGGUUGUUGGAGCUCAUUACGAUACGGUCUUCUUUACAAACGGUGUUGAUGAUAAUGGAUCAGGAGUGGCCGCCAUGUUGGAAGUUGCUCGGAUCCUUUCAGUAGCACAGUGUCGACUCACUAAUACUGUACUAUUUGUAGCAUUUGACCUAGAGGAAUUAGGAGGACUUGGGAGCCAUCGCUUUGUCCAUGAGUACUUGUUCCCUCGAGAACUUCAGCAUGGACGAGGCUACUUUCAAGGUGCUUUCAUCUUGGACUCAGUUCUCAACUACAACGGCUCUAUAGGUUCCCAAGACUUGCCAGAAGAUUUUCAAACGGUUCUUCCAAGCCUGACUAGAUACCUUCAACUCGGUGGAAGCAUAGGAGAUUUUCUGGCAAUGUUUUCUCGGGAUGGAGUGGACUCAACCAUCGCCCAACGCUUUCAGAAGGCAUGGGAACGCCUAAGCAAAGACGAGUAUAGACUCAUCAACACUGCCAUCAGACUUCCUGCACGUUUCCCACCCGCUUCUCUACUAACCAGUCACCUCAGUUUUCUCCGUAGUGACCAUGUGAUGUUUUGGUACCAUAACAAUACCAACUUUCCUACGCUUAACGCAGUUCUGUUAACUGACACAGGGCCUUUUCGGGGACGAAUGAGGGAAUGUUAUCAUGCUCCCUGUGACGAUGCACGUUUUCUUACGAAAGAAAAUAUUGAAUUUCUUAGAAAGACAACAGAUGCUCUUGUACUUACUCUUCUGGACUUAGGAGGAGGCACCUGUGAAGGUCUCCUACCUCUGGCACUGCGUAAUCGUUCUGGACCGAUAUUGCAACUGCAUAUUGAACUGGUAUCGAUUUUCAUUUUCGUACUUCGAAAGUUCCACAUAUCUAGUUGCACUUGAUAUUAGGCCUAUCAUAAUCAAAGGCAGUUGAUGUUAAGCGUGUUUGAUCAGGAGGUUACUUCGUGAGGUUGAACUGAAAUAUUACUGUAUGUUUCAUUUUGAGAAGGAUAUUUCAUCAAUGUACAUCAGCUCUUUUUAAAGAGCAGCAAAAACAAAAUGUAUUAUUUAGCUUCCUUUUGUGCGAGGUAUUCUUUCAAAAAUGAGUUUUAAAAUCAUUAAAAGAUUUCACUACUCUUGAAGAAAGUGUAUAAAAUAAAAACAAAUUACCAAUAGUUAUCAUUCUGAAUAUUUCAGUAUAAUAAUAUCUUUAAAGUAAUGUAAAACGUUUCUAUAUCUAGAGUACACGCUAUCGUUUGUAAUAUUGGAGCAUUAUAUAAAUUUAAAUUGUAUUUCUAAAUAAUCUUCAUAUGUAUUCGGAAAUCACAAGCGUCGUGCUUCACAUUAUGUAUAUGUAUAUAUAUAUAUAUAUAUAAGAGAGAGAGAGAGAGAGAGAGAAUAUGUCUAAUAAACAACUGAAUAUAGAAUUUCUAACAUGCAUUAGUGUAAAAUUAUUGGGUUAGAUUAUCAUUUUUAGGAUAAAGUAAUUACGUUUUGGUGUUUGCAGAAUGUUAAAUCGAUAAUUGAAGCUUGUGAAUUAGUUAACAAAAUUUGUCCACAGAAUGAUUAUUUUACAACUACUAAACAAAAACCGACUUUUUAGAAAAACUUGACCCUCCUAACAAUCAGUGUAAAUUAGUUCGUCCCAAGAAUCAAAUAAAACAUAGAAUUGUUAGAAAAUUACGUUUAUUUCAAGUCGUGAUGAUUAAUGAUGCAUGGGACAGGUUGCGAAGAAGAAAUUCAAAAAUAAGUUAUAUUUAUGAAAUAUUUCUGAAAAUAUUUUAGUGUAAGAAAUAAACUCAAGUUUAGCUAUGUUCUGGUUAGUUCUUUCUUGUUUUUAUAUAUAUUGUUUUAAUGAUACUGUAGUCGUCAUCUUACUUCUUCAAUUCCCAAAACCUUAACUUAUCUUCAUAUCUGAAUGAGUAGAUAUUACUUGCUAGACGAAGCCACAAUAUUUUCAUCAAAGAAAAAUUUAUGUCAAUAAAAAAGAGUAAGGAUGCCAAAAUUGUUUUUUUAGAACUUGUUAGGUCAUUCACCAGUUUCUUUCAGACAAUUUUAUAUGCUAUUUGGUGCACACUCUGAAUUAUAAAAAAAUUAAAUACAUAUUUUGAUUUCGCUACCUUAGGCCUUUGUUUAGCAAAGAAGUACCAUAAAAACAGUUCAUUUCUACACAGUACUUUGUAAGUAAUUUAUUCAAAAUAUAAAACUUAGGCUAAAGGGAGUACCGCAAGACUGUGAAAAAUAGUGUUCAUUUGAGGAAUUAUGGGAAAUGCAAUGAUAUACUAUCUUCUAAUUUCCUACGUCUUUUUGAGCGGGAAAAAGGGAGUGUUGUGAAUUAUGAUCCGAGAUUUCUAGAAAAGUAUAAACCAAGUCGAUGUUUUAAUGUUUGUAGUACAUGAUCAAAGUUAUUUCUCUUUAUAUCAGACGAGGUAACUUAAUGUUACGUAAUAUAAGGGAUGCAUAGCGAAUGAUUUUUGACAGAUUACCUACAACUGCUCU